AUUAGAUUUGUGUUUGAAAAAGUCUCAAAAGACAUUUUUUAAACAAAAAGAAGUAACAAGCAAACCCCUCCCAUUAGAAAAACCAGUCCCUAAUUGCACCUGCCAUAAAGAAAUGUCUCCCUUGAACCCUACACAUGACCCUUCCAUGUCUCCCCUUUCAUGUUUUUUAUAAGACUCUUUUAUGCCUCUUAUUCCCACUGUCCCACUUCCAUCUCACUCACUCCUCAAAUUUUAGUAUUUAGAACCUUUCACCAUUUCCUAGUGUGUCCGUGUGCCUAGCAACAAUUUUUAUUCACUUUCUUUCACUUCUCACACGCACACAACAUCAAAAACAAAACACAACCUUUCUAAUAUCAAUAUGGCUUCUUCAAAUGGAACUAGCUCUGGAACCGGUUCUCCUUGUGGAGCAUGCAAGUUCCUUAGAAGAAAAUGUGCACCUGAUUGCAUUUUUGCACCUUACUUUUGCUCAGAACAAGGACCUGCAAGAUUUGCAGCUAUUCAUAAAGUGUUUGGUGCUAGCAAUGUUUCUAAGUUGCUCUUGCAUAUACCAGCUCAUGAACGUUGUGAAGCUGUUGUCACAAUUGCUUAUGAGGCUCAAGCUCGUAUCAGAGACCCUGUGUAUGGUUGUGUCUCUCACAUUUUUGCCUUACAACAACAGGUAGCAUGCUUGCAGGCACAAUUGAUGCAAGUGAAAUCUCAGCUGUCACAUAACAUAGAGAAUAAUAAUCAGUGGAUAGGAAACAAUAAUAAUGUUGCUGCCACACAAGCAAUGAAUUAUCCAUUUUGUCCAACUUAUAUGAACCCUAUAUCUCCUCAAAGCUCACUUGAGUCAUCAAUUGAUCAUAGCAGCAGCAUGAAUGAUGGAAUGAUGAGCAUGCAAGAUGUACAAAGUAGCAGAGAAGAUUUCUCAUUCCAAGGUUGUAAUAAUUAUAAGAAAAGAAUGCCACAUAACAAUAAUAAUGAUCAUGACUUGGGUGAAUUGCAAGAAAUAGCAAUUAGGAUGAUGAGGAACUAACUAGUUUGGGAGUUAAGCUAUAGCAUAGUAGCAUUUGAAUUCUUGAAGGACGAUGUUCCCUUAAUUAUGUUGAGGAGUUAUGUUCUUUA